AUGCUCGCCUCCAUGACCGGCUCCUCCCUCGCCGCCCGCCUCAUGGCGCGCCCCGCCCUGCGAGUGGAGCUCUACAUGCAGAUCGUCUUCGCCGUCUCCUCCCUCUCCCUCCUCGUCCCUCUCUUCACCUUCGUCAGUGCUCCUCUGCGCCCCACCUGCUUCCCCCGUAUCUCCCUCUCCUGCACUCGAUCUGCACUCGCUCUGUGUGAUACACUGCACUCCCUCUGUGCUCUCUCACCUAAAGUUCCCUAUUCGUCUCCUCGUUGCACCACUACACAUCCCCAACCCCUCCUUUCCGCCGCAUCACCACUCCCUGCGCCUUUCCAGCCAUCUGACUGUUGUGUCUCGUACUUAAUUUGCCUUACUGCCCGUCCCUCCGCCCAUCCCUCCGCCCAUCGCGGCUACGCGAUGCGCUCGCAGUUCAUCCCCGAGGAGGCGCGCGCCACCAUCAUGAACUUCUUCCGCAUCCCCCUCAACUGCUUCGUCUGCAUCGUGCUCUACAAUGUAUGUGAGUGCAUUCCCCAUCACAGCCAUGUCGGCAUGUGCUCCAUCUUCCUCGCCAUGGCUGCUGUGCUGCAGCGCCGCCUCUUCGCCAUCUCCUCCCCGAGCAAGCCCGGCACGCCCGCCUGCCACUGUGAGUCGUGGGAUCAUGCGUUACUCAUUGCUUUUCUUUUGUGA